AUGAAGCAGCCUCCAUCGUUCGCUGUUGGGUACCCACCGCAUGCUCCGUCGAUCAGCUCGCCCUGGGGAAGUGCUCUGAGACUGUCGGCAGCAGCGGGAAGCUGUUCCAGCUUCAUCCAGCUCCCCCCUCGACCUCCCACCUCGCCUCGGGCCGGCUUCGUUCCUGUGCUGCCCGCGGUCCGGAGACUCUCCCUCGCCCCCUCCGUCAAUGGAGGUGCUGUCGAUAUCUACCCGGAAUUUACAGCGGAACCCAUUAAAAUGGCUGAGAGUGAAGUUGAUGUGCUGUUGACCAGGUUGUGCGGGCAGGACAGAGUUCUCCAGGGACUUGUGGCCGAAGCAACUCCACUCAAGAUAGAGAAGGACAAGCUGGAGGGAGCUCUGGAAGUGACCCGUGGCCAGUUGGCGGAGUUUGGAGGGCAGCAGAGCAUCGGGAAGAGGUUACUGUGGCAGCAGCAGAUUCUGCAGGAGGAGCUGAUCCAGACCCGGGCCAGGCUCUGCGACUUCUCUAUGGAAAUGGAGCAGGCUUGGAGCGAGUACGAGUUCCUGGAGGAGGAGCUGGAGUGUCUCCGAGCCCCCCGAGAGCUGAUGAGCCGUUGUGGGGACCCCCAGGAGCGAGCAGCAGCCCAGCGGGACCUCUGGAUGAUGCAGGACGUGAUGCUGGGUCUCCGCAACAACAAAAACAACUUCCACGUCGCAAUAGAGUCGACCAGGCACCCAGCCAUGGCAUUUGCCGUGUCUCCGAUCCUCGACCAUCACUCCCUGCUGCCAGUGGACUCCCGCCAAAGUCUGUCGCCGCUGCCAUCUCCUGGCUCGAGGCAGCCAAUGGCCCACUACGGGCCUCUCCUGGGAGUGGAGGAUGCCCCAUGUCGGCCACCCCUCCCCCAGGUGCCGUAUCAUGACGAGCGUACCUCUGUCCGCGUGGAGACUGAAGCGGCAUCACCGGUAGCCCAGAGGGAACAGAAGCACCAGGAUCAGGGCGAUCUCCAGCCUGAACCCUCCGUGACAAACGGACAAUGCAAGGAGCAACUGGAGUUGACCGUCGGGGGUCCAGGGAGGAGACCGAGGAUGAGCGCGGAGGAGCAGAUGGAGAGGAUGAAGCGACACCUCCAAGCCCAGAGCCAGGACAGGGACAGAACCAGGACAGCCAGGGCAGCCCAGAGGAGCGUUGUGGUGUCACCAGCUUUGAGGGGACCAGUGACGGAGCAGAAGUCGGGGACUCCAGGAUCCCACCCAGGGAUCUUUCUGGGCAAAAGGCAACAGACCAGCCAUUUAUCGUGGUCCCCGCUCACUACCAGCACAGUGGCCUCACAAACCAGCUCCACUGUCAGGGCACAGGCCGCAGCAACGGAGGCACCCGGCGUACCGAGCGUGGUCACGUCAAGCAAGCUGGUGACAAAGAUACUGCCACCUCCCGCAAGGGUGGAGAACCAGGCGAGAGAAAACAACCGCUUGGUCAGGAAAGAGUGUAAACCCAGUCAAGUCACAUUGACGUCACGCUACAAUGAUGUGGGCCCUGACCCACCCUUCAGCCCAGGGCAACUGCAAGAGAAGCAAAGAACACCGGAGGAGGUGAAGACUGUGAUCACCAAGCCCAGUCCCCGUGUCGAGGGCAGCUGGUCCCCCCCUGACCGAUCCACACACCCGGCAGAAGGAGAGAGGCAUCGGAUUGUUAGCCUGUCCUUCGCACUCGCCACUGAAGCCUGCCAACGCAGACAGAUCAUGGCAGCUAAAACCCUAGCCGAGCUGGAGAAGUGGGACGAGGUGAAAACCAGUGAGAGGGCGAAGGACAGAAGGCGGCCAGACGAUGGCGACUCGGUGGUGAAGCUGGACAGAAACCUCCCUGCUUUAUCGGGACACAGAGUGGCAGCCAAUGCAAACUCAGGGUAUCGUCAAGAAUUGGACAAUUCAAAUUCAGGAUAGGCGUCCCCUGUCUCGGAGCCAAAUGACAACAGGGAAGGGAGCAACCAAUGUUCUGGAAGACAAAGAACCCCCACCGACCCCAAGACUAAUGUAUGAGUGGGGGCAGGAUCUCACCUUGGGAGAAGGUGACAACUCUGCUGCCAGUCUGAACCCCAGAGGCAGUUCAACAGGCAGGUUGUUAAAUAACCUCAGUUCCGUGGUGGUGGUAGAUUGCUGUCUUGGUCUGGAGCAACUGGUUGGAGAGAUCGUGGCAAACAAGACAGCGAGUAGCCAGACUGCCCAAUAAUGGGGCAGCCUGUGAGAUCUGUUAAGACCAACUCCCCUCACUCAAUCUCCUAGCGACUCAUUGAAUCUCCAAGACCAUGCUCCUCGUUGCUCACUUAGGUAUAUCCACCCCAUCUCAGUCAGAAGGUAACAUCUGGUAGGUAACCUCUGCCAGUGAAGGACUCCUGCCUUGGGGGGGGGGGGGGGGCUUGGCUGCAGAACAAAGACUGGAGGGAUUGAAGCGACCUAGCUUGUCCUUGGAAUCAAACUGAGAUUUCACUGUUGCUUCUGAUCAGUUUCCCACCUCACACGUUGAUGAAGGAUCAGCCCAGAUUGCAGAGCGGGUCUGGUGAUCUGACCAUUGUUAGGUUCGUGGUAUCAGAGUCUGCAUCUGGGGAGGGUCUUUACCUGCUCAGUUGCUGGGUUAAAAUGUCGGACAUCUAUUUGACCACCCUAGAGAUUCAUUCUCCCACCCUGAACUCCCCCGUCCAGUGACUCCCUACAUAUGGGGCUCAUUACCUUUAACUCUCCGCCCCACAUUAUGUAUCACUAACCCUUCACCUUGGACAGUUCAGAGAUGUGCUGGAGGAUCAGCCUUGAUCCCCGUAGACAAAACUAUGCAGAG